CCGUACUUAACAUGGAGACUUCGGGAGAAUACAAGGUUUUAAUAAGGGAAAAGCAUAUAGAAGGGCUUGCUCCAUGGCCAUCGAGAGCCUGCUCGGUCAAUGGGAAAAAUCUUGAGAUAGGUACUUGAAAUGAAUUUCCCUUUACAGAUGCAAAUUGAACUUCCCCCUGGUCCGGAAAAUGGAAAUUUUACCCUUGCUACCCUCCCCCUUCUCGAUGCUCCUGAUCUGUCGAUUGCGUCCCCCUUGGACGAAUAACAUGGAAUAACCAUAUUUAGAUUAUAUCAAAAAUUGUUCCAGUUAACAUAUAUAAAUCUGCAAGCUUGUUUUUACACCGUAUCAGCCGCUUUCCCUUUGCCUUGCCCACUAGUUUAGAACUCAACAAUAAAGACUGCAGAGCAUAUUACAGAUUGAGUGGGCUAAAACAUUUUUUGUUUUUUGUAUGGUUUUAAGUAUAUUUUGGAAAUGCUUAGGGGCUAAAGCCCCCGUAGCCCCCCUCCCCGCUUCCGCGGUCCCUUCUCAAAACUGCUAAUAUUUCCAUCUUGUUCUGUAAUUGUCUUGAGCGACAUUUCACUUCGAUGAUCUUCAGCGAAAAUUUGUUUGAUUAUUUUAUCAUUUGAAACUUUCACAAAAUUUACAUUUCAGGAUUAAAAUUUUAAGCCUCUUCCUUCUAUUUUUGCCCAAAUGUAAAGAAUUCUUCAAAGCAUCUCUGGGUUCGCCUCGAGUCUCCUGGCUUUUAACCUUUUUUCCGGUCUCUUCCGGUCAUCGCAGCGAAACUCCCACACUUGAUGGCGUUGUUGCACUAGCCACACUGAUCUAUAUAAAAUACUCUUUUUUAUAGAUCAGUGGCUCUAGCCUUUGUUCCAGACCCCUAAGUUUUCUCUUUUAGCGCAUUAUAAGAGAAAUCCAGGAACUUCGACAAAACUUUUAGAAAACCUUCAAACAUCUAGGUUGUGCUGUUUGAACAAUUUAGAGUUCUAUGAAAGAACAUAGCAAUUAUUUAAGAUGCUUGUUUUCAAAAUUGAUCUCUAGUUUAAAAUUUUAAGUAAAUCCCGCCCUAAUAGAUUGUCUUCAAGACAUUUGACUUCCUGUAUUUUCUAACAUAUCCCAUGAUUUGAUUGCGGCAAUGCAUUUAGGCCCAAAGAGAAAGACAGUAAUUGGAAAAAAGGACGCUCAUUCAAUUAAUUAACUUCAACCACUAAAAUCACCUCUUCGAUGUAUAGGAAGACUAUGGACAGUACUUCUUUACCUUGACAGCUUCGAAAUGGAAAACAGUCAGUUUAAAUGCCUGGGUUUUUUGCAAGCAAAUUUUGUCUUACGUGUCGUUACGGUUUCAACUAGAUUAGUGAUUAGUCACUUCAACAGCGUAUCUUCUCAUUAGAAUCCAGUCUGCAUAGUUCAACCAGUAUUUUCCUUUCUUCUGGUCACUGCUUUCGCAGCAGAAGGUUUUUAGCUUGUUAUUCCAUGCAUUUUUGAUAGAGCACAUUCACUUCACUACUCAGAAUGUUCAAAUAUUGUUUGAUUUGAUCCUUUCGUGGUGGUCGUUGUUCGGAAUUCGGGGUAGAUUAAAAGAUCAAAGCUUGGCUUUAUGCGUAGCGGAGUUAAGAAAUGGAUUUUGCCUGUCAAACAGGAAACUCUUCACAAUGACUGCGGCUUAAAAGCGUAACAUCGACAAGAAAACAUUGAUAUCAAAUACAGUGACAGUUAAAAGACGCGAUUAAAGUUCAGCCUGGUGGCAAUUAACUGGUCCCAAAUCCAUUCAUGUCGUUGGACUAAGAAAGAGCUUUACGGUUGGCAAACCCUGCACUUUGCUAUCGCUUUUACAUAACUUUGGGAUUGGCAUGAAAAUCUUAUCCGUGGGAAAGGAGCUUUGGUGUUUGCAGAGGGGGCAUACCAAUGUGGUUGUCAGUGGUACCGUUAUUUUUUUAAAUUUCCUAUACAAGAUUUUCAUUCUCCAUUUGGGUCUUGCAGUACUGAAGUUGCUUGAGUAGGGAAACCUGUAGCUAUAAAACUUUAGCGAAAUGGGCCUAAUUCUUGUCUGUUCAGAAACUUUCAUGCCCAUAUGACUUUCUCGGGGGUCAUUUGGUUCUCAUCCCCUGGACAGGUGACUUUGCCACACUAGCUGCUGUAUUGAAUCAAGCAUUUUGUCCUUCUUUGAAUAAGUAAUCAAGUUUUCUUUCAAAAACUGAUUAAUUCCUUUUAACAAAAAGUCACUACAAUAGAAAGAGAGAAUGGUGGAUGGUUGCAGAAACCCUUUCAGAAUUUUUUUAAUGUGGCAUGUAGGCACUGCUCAACACGCUACUUUCUAUUGAACGAAAAGCUGUCGCGCGAAACCUGUGAAGAUUUUGUGCGACAAUCGUUUAUGCUUUUCACUGCAGCAGAAAUUUGUUCAAAGGAUUCAAAAUGGCUGCAAGCAAUCGAAAUCGCUUUUAAAAUUUCUUGCCAUAAUUUUGUGACAGUUGGUUGCGCUUUUUGUGCAAUUUUACUAUUUUGGGCCAUCCCUCGAAUAAAACUCGCCAGAUCCAGCCCCAAAACUGUGUGCCGCGAGCUGGAUUCCAACUUACUUUGCAUGUCUGUUGUCGCACGAACGAUAAAAAAGUUGAACGUUUCUCAACUUUUCUGCGACAAAGCCGGGCCAGCCUGGCCGACAACAGCCACAUUAACAGCUCAUGCUCAAAAUACACUUUUCUCGACAAAAUCUUUUCGCGCGACAACUUUUUGCUCAGUGUCAUAUGACGUAGCACAAUUUCGCGCCCUUUUGCUUGUUUCUUGACUCGUACCUUCUCUGAGGCAGAAAUCAGAUGAUUUCAGCACAUUCCUUCAGAACGAGGCUGUUGUUUCAUAUUUGUUUGCCUUAUUCAAAUUUUAUUUUUAUUUGAUUUUGCUAUCAGUAUGACAAGAUUUUCAAGCGUUCAAAUUCUACCAAAAAUUUGCUUCAUCAAAACAAAUAGUUCUUAUAUGAGGGCUGUGUUUGUUUUCAUUUAUAAAUCUUGAUGUCAAUUUUCCAACAUGUACACGACUGUGAAAGUUUAUACGAAAACUCUUCAUAUAUACAUUUUCCUUUUUUGCAUUAAGCUUUUUUCUGAUAAAUUUGAUAACCCCGGUUUUUUCUUUUCUACACUAUACCUAUACUUAAUAGUUAACAGAUUACCGUGUAUCCGCCUAAAAUAGGUGACUCAGGGGGCAAAGUCCUCCUAGUUCAAAAUCAGCUGAUUUUGGAGGGCGCAGACAGUUUCUUAGAGUGACCAAAGUUACGUACUGCGUCACUGGAAUUUUAUUUUGCUCAAAUGUCUAUUGGAUUUGCCUGGCAUUUUAAAACAUGGUUAUAAGGGCAAGCUAUUCAAUUCUAGAAUCUUUUAAAGAUUGUAGCCAGAAAUUUUUUUUUAAUACAAAGUCCAAUUUUAACCUCAUGUUAGGCAGGACAGGAGGUCGAUGUGCUGUUAAGAAAUUUGGAUGAUGAAGGUGAUGAAGGAAAAUCAAGGAGUAGAAAAUGCAAUCUUUUCUUGUAGCUUUUUUAUAGCAAAGGCAUCCAGGGGCAGCCACAAGAAACAGUCCUUGUAUUUUUAGGCAAUACAAGCAUCCAACUCAUGACUUGCAAGUUUACUGUCAUUUGAAGAAUAAUUUUAUUAGUUUCAAUGCCCUUUGACGAGAAUUUGACCCCUUACAGCAUCCCAUCGUCAAAUCACUCAGAAAUCUCUUGUACCCGGUCAUACUAGCUACAUUAUUCGUUUAUUCUUCUGUACCAAAUUCUUUUUAUAAGCCGCGAAAGAAAAGAGCCAUAAUUUCCAGUAACAAAAACUGCGUAUCUCCUGCCCAUUUUCCCAUCCAAUAUAAUCUUCGCAUUGCUCAAAGCGUCUUAAAUUCUGUCGUCUGAACUGCUGCACAUGUAAUCUGCACUUGUAAUCGCACCAGUUAUACCACAAUUUAAUACCAGAUUAGUGAGUCAAUGAAUAAGAAUCUUUUGGAUUGUCUUUAUCGCCUGCCUGAAUUGUGAUGAAUACAAGCUUGUGUUGCCUUAACCAAUGCACACGUUUCUACUGUAGGCGACCUCUGCGAACAUCAACGAAGAUUUUCAGGAUAAAUCAUAGAAAGAAAUGUUUUCGCUGUGUGUGCUAAUAGGAUCUGAAAAUACUUCUCAGGAAUAGAGAGUGCAUUUUCCAGUAAAAGCAUACAAACAGGUCCUAGAUGUGGAAGUCCAACUGAAGUAGAGUGGCAGUGUUAUGAUUACAACCGCGGCUCGAGUCUCGGUGGAUAACACAGACAUUGCUGAUGCCCCGACGUGUGUACACAUUUGCAAUGCACAGUCGCUGAACAGUCAAUAUACUACAUCUGAAAUCCUGAAUGGCAUGUGAACCGUUCAUGAUGUCGAUGGAAGACGAGGAAGUCGUGUACUCGGGACGAGUUAAAUUCAAAGUCGGCCUAAUAAGUAGAUGGUCUACGGUUUUCUGCACUCUGUGCGAAGGUCUUCUACGUGUUCAUGAAAGUCCGGACUCAAGUGCAGAUCCCAUUCACUGUUUUAUGAGCAGCAGUAGCUGGAUAUCCGCUCAACGAGCUCAAGCGAAUACUUUCUUUGUUUUGAAUGAAACUGAUCCAAACUCAGUUGGCUCGAAAAUAUUUCUAUUCGAUACAGAAAGUGCUGAUUUACUUCAUUUAUGGCUUCACGGAUUCAAAAAGGCUGGUUGGUCGUCAGCUAUAAAGGGAGAAAAGCUUAAUUAUCGUACGCGUAAUAAUUCGGGACCUAAUAAAGCCUAUCGUGAGUCCGGAUUUGGUGGUAGUUUAAGGGGUACAAGGAGCCAAUCAGAACCUACAUUUUUUGUGACCGGUCGACCGAAAAUGGGUGGUGAUGAUAUAGACUUGGAUAAUAGCUAUCGCUGGAUUGGGCCUAGAAGAAGAAGAGCGAAUUUAACUUCUGUUUUUUCAGAUAUUGAUAUUUCAACAGAAUCGUAUGCAGAAGAAGCGAGCAGUCAGACAAGAAUGGACCUGAAUAUGAGAAGUUACGAAACAGAAAUAAACGAUCGCAUCCAUACCGGUGAAAGAGCAGAAGGCUCAUCCACUACUUAUCUUCAAGGUGGUCGGAAUGUUGACAAGUCGAAUGAACGGGGAGCAGGUGGAAAUGGCCGAGGAGAGAACGGAGAGACAGCGAAUGAAUCUGGGCAUUUUGGUUCUCUUUCCAAGGAGGAGGACAGUGUAAAUACCUAUGAUAUGCACGUUAAUUUUGUAAAUCGAAAUAAUAGUGAAAAUAUCGAAAAUACAACUGGUAACAAAAGACCAGAAGUCAGUAAACAUCAUUCAGAACCGAAUAUUUCAAAAAGUUAUUUGCGACCAUCAAGACAAGGGCGUUUCGAUUACUCGAGAAUUUUCUUUGAUCCGACUUUGUCACCAGACAUGAAAGGGAAGCUCAUGGAAGCGGAAAGUAGGACCCGUAAAACAUCAGUGACAAGGAAAGGAGAACAUAUUCGGCUAUCGGAGAGUGACGAGCACGAUAUAGCAGAACAAGCAGCAAGCUCGUCCUAUAUAAAUACUGAAAAAAAUGAAUCAGCAACCACACUGGAAGUUACGAAUGUAGAUACUGGCGAAAAAGAAAGACUUAACGACAAUUUACGACAGCGUAAAUGUAGCAGCGUCGCAUCCGAUGGAAUCGCUGAUUUGAACGUCGAUGUCGAUGGCGAUUCGAGUGUAUUCCAUCCAGGUAUUCAAGGUUCUCCCAUGUCAUAUCUAGAAAGCGGGUAUUGUUCAAAGGAGAGUUUAUCAACCAACGAGAGCUUGGAUCAAAGGAAAUCGUCAGUGAGCAAUAUUGAUGAGAUCAACAACAACAACGAUGAGAAAACUGAAUUGGAAAAUGAAGCAGAGGUCGCGAUUGAGCCGAUGGAAUCACAACAAAUUUACAAUCAGCAACAUGUGCACAAUACUAUAAAGCCUGCAACUUCGGAAAGCAAGAACGGGCGUGUUUUGGAUGGAACAGCAGGAGGUACUGAUGUCGUAGCACCGUUUUCAGAGACAGUCACGAUGACACCACGACCAGGACGAUCACCAAACAUGAAGUUAGAAAAACGAGCCUCCAUGAGCCAGCUAUUAAAUCAGUUAAAAGAUCGCUUGCCUGGAAGAAAAAAUAAAGGACAAAAGCGUGGAAUUAAGAAAGAUUUGACUGGCACAGACAACUUGGAACCAUUAUUAUGGAACAACAAUGGCAAGUGGAAAGAGCGGUGGUAUGCCCUCUAUGAAGGAUGCCUGCUUUUCUAUAAAGACUCUGCCUACAGAUCACCAGACUUUGCUCUUGAUGUUCGGGCUUGUAAGCUGGAAAUCCCAACUGAGAACCAAGAGCAGGGGUUUCUUAGUUUUAAGCUGCUCGAAAUAGACGGCAAAAGCCACGAAUUGGCAAUGUUGACCGAAGACAGUUAUAAGGUUAUCAUUUCAAGCCUACAGAAGAUCAAAGACUCAGGACGUCUGGCAGAUUCAGAUCAAGGACUGUCACCUGGCAACGAUGAUUCGAAUGGCCUAGAAAGAGAUGGCAUGACAUUUGAUGAUGCUAUUAUACCGUACUCAGAAAGUGAACAUUACCCACAGAUUCAUACAGGAGAAAUUAAAACACAACGCGAAAAACACGAAAGCACGGACAGUGGAACAGAUGGUGAUAUAUCGUGUUUUGAAGGCAGUGAUGCUUCCAAUGUUGGCAUCGAUCAGUAUGCAACCGACCGGAAAGAUAAGAUGGCAAGGCGAAGGAAGACAAGUUCAGCUCUUCCGCAACCCGUAGUCAUUACAGAGCCAAAUGUUCACGUGCAAGAUUCAGAAGAAAACUCUAAGGGACGCGUUGCUAGCAUUCGAAACACACAUAGGCCAGUGGUGCAUUGUGAAUCAAGCCCACCGUCCCCUCGUAGCCCUGUCAGGCACAGAUUUGAAACGGUUGACAAGGCAACAAAGGAAACACUUAGGCCUAUCGAAUAUUUGAAUGUGGAGGACCAACGAAGAUUGCCUCGUAAUCGUUAUUCAAUGCCAGUGUUUACCCAAAAGUCAGUGUUGACUUAUGAAGAGUUCAAUCGACAACGUCGCUCUUGUUUGGAAGAAUUACUAAAAUUGAAAGAAGCUCAUGAUAAAAACCAGUAUCCGGACAAGGGCGGAAAAUUUGAUUAUCAACGAGCCUCGUCUGUGUAUGCUUAUGGAAGGAAAAGUGCCGUUCUUGAUGAAAAUGAUAAUCAUGCAGAUGUUAGCUCUUUCGAGAAAAUGUGUUCCAGCUACCCAAAGAGAAGCAGAUCUUUCAAAUUGGAAGCUAGCCCUUGUCCAGGCACGAAAUUGACAGGCAACAUGAAACAUCGACAUAGAUCGAUGAUAAAUAGUAGAGGUCUUUCUAAGUCCAUGAUUUUACCAACAGACGUUACGGAUGCUCAAGAUGUAACAGAUGACUUGCAGGGUGAUUUGCAACAACAGACGCUGUUAAUGAAGCGUAGGAACUCCCUUAAGUUGAGAAAAGAUGUCAUCGAUCAGAAGGUUAAAGCAUUAAGAACAAGGGUGGGUAGAAGCAGUGCUGAUGGAACAGACUCAGAAACUGCAGAGGAGGAGCAAAAUUUGUUAUUAUUAGAAAACAAACUUAAAAAUAUAGAAAAAGAAUUGCUUUUAAUAAAUAGAACGGCAGAUAUACCUCCAGAAAAUGUUUUUAAGGAAGGAAAAAAGAAAAAUAAGCAGCAAUUAUUUUCUAAAUUCAAAAGUAACCAAAAGACUUCUCAAGCGAACCAUAAAGCAAGCCAUCAGCGAGACAAUACGGACAAAGUUGUAUCGAGCGAAAGCCUUAGCCCCGCUGUGAGGAAAAGGUCACUAUCACAUAACUUCAAACUUUUCAGUGCUUCAAAAAGACACUCUGAUCUGAGUGAUAUGAGCAUCAAUAGAGCAAGUAUGUCUUCACUCGAUAGUUCUACGGAUGGGACAUUUGGUGUAAAUGAUUUCGUUCCUAGCCCGGCUGUUGGCUCAGCUGAUUUAAAAAGCUCGGAUGAAUAUAAAGUUGACUCUGUCCGCACCCGAAAAACGAGUAGCGUCAGUUCGGUAUCGGAAUUAGACGAGCCAGAUGGAAUGGGACAUAACCAAAGUGCAAAGGAGGCGUCAAAUACGACCGAAAAUGGACUUAGCAAAGAUGCUUUUUUGAAAAUUGCGGAAUUCGAACAAUUCGCUGUGGAAAUAACGGCUAGACGUCUAACAGAUUAUGUUGACGUCUAAGGCGAAUGUUUCUUAAGUUUCUUAAAAAUUCUAUAAAAACGUUGACAACGAGCCAGUCCAUUAAAAUGUGUAGAUUGCUACAGUUUAUGGUCCAUGUACAGCCGGAUGAACUAUAACAUUGGGUAUCGGAUGCACUGGCAAAGAAAUCUCUUCAAGACUGACGUUGGAAUCGACUGUACAGUUAUAACUGGUUUAGUAUCUAUAUCGACUUUUUGUACCAAGUCGAGGCUGUUGUGCUCGGAGGCUGACAUUAUUCAAAUCUGGAUUGAUGUUUGUCCGAAGAAUCUGAAAUUGGAUCUUGAGGUUUCCUCGUUGUAAAUUACUGUAUAUCGUUCAUAUUUUAUCAGGAUUUAAAUUUUGUAUGUUUGUAAAUGCUUUUGUACAUCAAAUUAGUACGAUUAUUGCAGUAAGAAAAUAUUACACAAACAUAAAAAUAGAUAUAUUGAUAUGCAUGCUUAAAUAGGUCAGGGUAAUGACCGACAGUUAAAAGUAUUUUCGCCGAUUGCCUGUCAGACCUUGUCAUUAGCGGGCAUUUAUAUCAUGGUAGCAGUCUUCGCAAAGAAGAACUUAAGACUAUAAGAACUUACAGGCUUCCAUUCUUUAUUAAGCGCCUUACAUUAAGAACGUUUCUUAGGCUGAGAAACAUAAAGGGCCUAAUUUAACAGACAUCUUCAUGAAAUUUUGCAUGUUGACCAAGAAUCGUCUUUAAUUGUAGCCUGCAUGUUGGAAAUUUUGAGCCCCAAACCCCAAGGCUAUCAUGCGUACCUAAAACUAAUUUUUGUCCCAAAAAGAUAUUGAAUUGAAGUUAUUAUUCGUUAAGAUAUUUUAGCUCCAUUCUCUCCCAAAUGCAGGAAAAAUAACCAGGGCUGUCGCUAUGGCGGUGCAGGGGAAGGAGUGUGAUCUUGGAAAAAGAUUUGUUUUAAAAACAAAGUUUUUUUAAUGCAGGAAUGCUUCAUCCAAAAAUUUUCAGAAUUGUCGGUAUAAAAAGAAUGAUUCAGCCACAUUAUCGACAAAUUGCACCUGAGCACCUCUCUUGAGCAGAAUAGCUAGCGACAGCCAUGAAUGAAUAAUAAUCGUUGACCCAAAAUAAGUGUAUAGAACUUGGAAAUAAGAAACGAGAAAGUUGGAUUCUUGAAUAAGUAGGAGUGUCCCUUUGGGGGUAAUGUUGGGUAGUGUCCAGUGUUAGAAAUUCGAGACAGCUGUUCGUUUCGUUAGAUGCCUGUUUCUGACCAGGUUAGACAUGUAUUGGCAAAAAGUCAUUUUUCUGAAUUGAAUAAUUUUUUGAUAUAGUUUUAUAACUUUCCAGUCACUAUUGUUGGAAACUGUUUGUCAUGCAAAAGCAAAUUUGUCUUGUAGAAAGUAAUAAAUUACUUCAUGUAAACCUACACUAAUCAUAUGCAAAAACUUGUCUCAUCUCGACCUUAGAUUUUUAAGACCUUCGCUUGCUUGCCUGCUCAUUGUUUAACGUAAGGAUAUGUUAUGUGCCUACAAACCCAGCUCAAUCUGUGUUUGCUUGUUAUUCUUUUAGAUAUCCCCUCAUUUAUUGAUACCAGAAAUUUUAACUUGCGUUUUUAUUUAUAAUAUUUUCAACUUUAUUGAACUAGGAAAGAAAUAGUCCCAGUUUUCGGUAAAUCUAGCCAGUUUUUCAUUAAAAUAUAGACGGAAACUGAAUUGAAUUUUCGAAGGCUUUAAUCUUUUGAAUUUUAUUUCUCACAAAUCGUUAACUAGGACCACCUUAGUUUGUUUAUUAAACCAGGUUGCAUGCUUCAUUACUUUACAAACCUGUCCUCGUAAUUCAGUUCGUACAAUACUUGCCAAAAGUCCUUGGAACACCCUGCUAUCAAUAAAGGUUUCUAGCUGUAAAAUACAGAAAUAUCCCCCCCCUCUCCCUCCCCCAAAACAAUGUUGGUUGAAAAGCCUAUUACUUACCAUAGCUGAUAAAGUAAGAUUGGAUGAAUUUCAAGCUUUGAAACUGUUGUUAUUCAACAUUGUUUCAAGGGGGAGAGGGGGUGCCAUUAAAGUAAUGCUACUAAAGUAUUUUAGCUUAGUGUACCAAGACUUUGGCAAGGAUUGUAACACUUGAGACUAAUUCUUUGAUAAACAGACCAAAAUUUUUUACCUCCACCGGUUAUAGUCCUCAGUUAUAAACAUAUUGAAAUCAUGCUUUUCUUCCCUUACUUUAUCUUGUAUUAAUUGAUUCCGUGUUAUUUUGCAUUGAGAAAGGCUGCGAUAGUGUUUUUAUAUUCGUUGAUGUAGAACACGAUCGUUAUUUUUGUAACCACAAAUUAAUAUUCAGUAUGUGGUAUAGCAGAAUCUUGAAAUUAAGAGAUUUAUUUGACAUUCAGAGAAUUAAUGGAAUUAGAACGAGCUUACAAGUAGUCAUGUAAACCACUUUCUGCGUUUAAAAUUUAUAUGAAUCAGUAAAAUUCAAGCAAUUUCGAUGACAGCCAUGAAUUUUGAACCUGGUUUUAUUUUUGCAAGCAUCUAGAACAGGAACAAGUCGCAGAAUGACUAUAUCACUUGAAAAUUCAUUGUCAUAUAGAACCAGAAUUUCUGCAGUCAUUUAAUUUUCAUAUCGAUUAAUGUAUUUAUACAAAGAAUUUAUAAUACCGACGAAGCAUUAUAUUUUCAUUCUCAUUAA